AUGGGGUCGGGGAGCGCAGGUCUGGGCCUGGCCUCCAUGGUGAUCGUCUUCUUCUGCAACUCCUAUUACAUCAUGAUCCUGGUGUGGGGGCUCUUCUACCUGGUGCACUCGCUGACGGACACCCUGCCCUGGGCCACCUGCGGCCACUCCUGGAACACUGAGCAGUGCACCGAGCUCUUCCACCUUGAGCUCUGCCUCAAUGGCACCACCAACGCUAGCGCCGGCACUGGGCCCUUCAACCUCAGCUGUGCCGACAUGGCCAACAAGCGCUCGCCUGUCAUCGAGUUUUGGGAGAACAAGGUGCUGCGGCUCUCAGGGGACCUCAGCGAGCCGGGGGAGAUGAACUGGCAGAUGAUCCUCUGCUUGGUCACCACCUGGGUCGUCGUCUACUUCUGCAUCUGGAAGGGCGUCAAGUCGACCGGGAAGAUUGUCUACUUCACGGCACUCUUCCCGUACGUGGUACUCAUCCUGCUGUUGGUCCAUGGGGUGACGCUGCCCGGGGCGCUGGGUGGCAUCGUCUACUACCUGAAACCCGACUGGUCCAAGCUGGCGGAGGCGCAGGUGAGGGUGGCAGGGAGGGGUAUCUUCGUGUUCCACGUGGUGAACUACAAGCCGCUGACCUACAACAAGACGUACGUGUACCCGUGGUGGGGGGACGCCAUCGGCUGGGUCCUGGCGCUCUCCUCCAUGCUCUGCAUCCCCUGCACCGUCAUCUACAAGCUCCUGCGCUGCAAAGGCUCCUUGCGCGAGCACCGAGUGACCCCACACAAGGGGACUUGA